UGGAGCUCAGUAUUCGUGCAAAUUUCCAUCAAGACGGUCGUGAAGCUCGCUCGUCAAACUAUACCGAGAACAUUGUAUCGAAAUAGCGACCUCAAAAGACACACACAAUUAUUUUGAAUUUAUUUCUUUGGUGCCACAGAGAGUGACUAUUAACCACUACCUCUACCUACCACUACAGUGAACUAUAUAGGAUAUAGUCCAGGUAUCACAGAUACCCGGACAUACCUAAACCCUUAAGCAGCCAAGAGUGCCAGCGAGAGAGGGCAAAGUAAAUAUCUCUCUGGGUACAUUUAAGAUUGAAAAACUGGAGAACUCAAACACAAUGGAGGGCGGCGAGUCCACAGAGUCGACACACAACACCAAGGUGUCCGAUUCGGCCUACUCGAACAGUUGCAGCAACAGCCAGUCGCAGCGCAGUGGCAGCUCCAAGUCCCGGCUGAGCGGCAGCCACUCCUCUGGGAGCAGCGGCUAUGGCGGCAAGCCCUCAACCCAGGCCAGCAGCAGCGACAUGAUCAUCAAGCGUAACAAGGACAAGUCGCGCAAGAAGAAGAAGAACAAGGGCACUGGCCAGGGCCAGGCACAGACCCAGACACAUCCACAUCCCAGCACCACGCUGGACAGGGAAAGGGAAGAUAGGACAGAGGAGCCGCGACAGAACCAAAGCAGCGUCGUCGAGGCUGGCGCAGGAGACCAGCAGAAUCUGCAGGAGCUGCAGGAUGGCGAGGAUUGCAACCGGCCCGAUGCCGAGCAGGAGGAACAGCAGCAGCAGGAGUCCGGCACCGAGGAGUCGGAGGCAGACCAGAGCGCUGGCGUGGUCAAGACAGAAGCCACACAAACCUUUCCCAUACCCUCGCCGCUGUCGGUGACCACUCUGCCGCCAUCGGUGCCCUGCCACGUGAGCGUGUCUUGCGUGGACAGCGGCAUUGGUGGCAAGUCGGAGAAGACCUGGGAAUCAGCGCCGGGUAAGCUGGAGUCCGUGGCCGGACUUGGCGGCGGCGGCGGCGUCGGCGUCGGGGCCGGAGCGCCAGGGGUUCGCUUGGAGCGCGUCAAGGAGGACAGCUUCUGCUGUGUAAUCUCCAUGCACGAUGGCAUCGUUCUGUACACCACGCCCAGCAUCACGGACGUCCUGGGCUUUCCCCGCGACAUGUGGCUGGGCCGAUCCUUCAUCGACUUUGUGCACAUCAAAGACCGCGCCACUUUCGCCAGCCAGAUAACCACCGGCAUCCCCAUUGCCGAGUCGCGUGGCAGCAUACCCAAGGAUGCCAGGAGCACCUUCUGCGUGAUGUUGCGUCGCUAUCGCGGCCUCAAGUCGGGGGGCUUCGGUGUCAUCGGGCGCUCCGUCAGCUACGAGCCCUUCCGGCUGGGACUCACCUUCAGUGAGGCGCCGGAGGAGGCGCGGCCGGACAACUACCUGGUGUCCAAUGGCACCAACAUGCUGCUCGUCAUCUGCGCCACGCCCAUCAAGAGCAGCUAUCGGGUUCCCGACGAGGUGCUCUCCCAGAAGAGCCCCAAGUUCGCCAUUAAGCACACGGCCACGGGCAUCAUCUCGCACGUGGACAGCGCGGCGGUCAGUGCCUUGGGCUACCUGCCGCAGGACCUCAUCGGACGCAGCAUCAUGGACUUCUACCACCACGAGGACCUCGCCGCCAUGAAGGAGACGUACGAGACGGUGAUGAAGAAGGGUCAGACCGCCGGCGCCUCCUUCUGCAGCAAGCCGUACCGGUUCCUCAUCCAGAACGGCUGCUACGUCCUCCUGGAGACGGAGUGGACUAGCUUCGUGAAUCCGUGGUCCCGCAAGCUGGAAUUCGUCGUGGGUCACCAUCGCGUCUUUCAGGGCCCCAAGCAGUGCGACGUGUUCGAGGCGGCGCCCACCUGCAAACUGAAGAUUUCCGAGGAGGCGAUGGGCCGGAACACUCGGAUCAAGGAGGACAUCGUCAAGCUGCUGGCGGAGACGGUGUCACGUCCGUCGGACACGGUCAAGCAGGAGGUGUCGCGUCGGUGCCAGGCCCUGGCCAGCUUCAUGGAGACACUGAUGGACGAGGUGUCGCGGGCGGAUCUCAAGCUGGAGCUGCCGCACGAGAACGAGCUGACCGUGUCUGAGCGCGACAGCGUGAUGCUGGGUGAGAUCUCGCCGCAUCACGACUACUAUGACAGUAAGAGUUCCACCGAGACGCCGCCCAGCUACAACCAGCUCAACUAUAACGAGAACCUGCUGCGUUUCUUUAACAGCAAGCCGAUCACGGCGCCCGUGGACCCCGAUCCUCCCAAGACGGAGCCGGCGGAGUCACGGGAGCCCCGCGAGUCACGGGCUGGCACCUGCGUGAGCCGGGGCGAGGAUGCGCGCGGCGCCCUCAGUCCCGUUCAGGGUUUCGGCUCCGGUUUCGAGGGCAGCGGCGGCAGCGGCUCCUCCGGGCACUUCACCACCGGCAGCAAUGUCCACAUGAGCAGUGUAACGAAUACCAGCAACGGCGGCACAGGAGGCACUGGCACCGGUACGGGCACUGGAACGGGCACGGGCACCGGAACUGGCACAGGCACGGGAACGGGUACGGGCACGGGCACGGGCACAGGAACAGGCACGGGUACUGGUACCGCCAGUGGAACAGCCACGGGAACGGCAAGUGGUACUCCUACCGGAACAGCCACCGGAACGGGUAACGGCAAAGGAACGGAUACCCAUACGGCUGGAAGUGGAAGCGGAAGUGGAACCGGCACGGGCACUGGGACGGGAACGGGAACGAGCACCACCGCCACCGGGAACAACUCCUCGUCCAGCACACCGCCGGUGACCCUCACCGAAUCGCUGCUGAACAAGCACAACGACGAGAUGGAGAAGUUCAUGCUGAAGAAACACCGCGAGUCCCGCGGACGCACUGGCGACAAGGGCAAGAAGUCGUCCGCCAAUGACACGCUCAAGAUGUUGGAGUACAGUGGCCCGGGCCAUGGCAUCAAGCGUGGCGGCUCCCAUUCUUGGGAGGGCGAGGCGAACAAACCCAAGCAGCAAUUGACACUUACGGCAGGCGGAGGCGGAGGCGGUGGUGGCGGUCUCGGUGGCGGUGGCACAGGCGAAACCACUAAGGGAGCGGCUGGUGGCGGCGGAACCGGUGGCGUGGGAUCCGGCGGAGCGGGCGUGGCGGGAGGAGGAGGAACGGGAGGCGGAGGCACGCCGACAAGCACACCAGGAGCAGGAACUCCCGGAGGAUCGGGAGCAACAGGUGCAGGAGGAGCAGCAGGAACAGGAGGAAUUGGAACCUCUUCUGUGGGCAGCUCCACACCGGUGCCCUCCUCAUAUCCCCAGUGCACCCAGAACAUAAACUUGUGGCCGCCCUUCUCCGUCGGCAUCACCACCCCCGUCCAUUCCACCCACACGGCUAUGGCCCAGAGCAGCUUCUCCUCCGCUGGCCUCUUCCCCACCUUCUACUACAUCCCCGCCUCGCUGGCGCCCACCAGUCCCAGCCCCAGUCCCUCGCCGCGCUCCCACAAGCACCAGCACCAGAUGGCCCAUUCGCAUUCCCACAAGAAUCCAGAGCAGCCGACGACGUCACAGCAGGCGGCAGCAGCAGCGGCAGCGGCGGCGGCCCAGGCCAUGCCACUGCAAUACAUGGCCGGGGUUAUGUACCCCCAUCCGUCGCUCUUCUACACACAUCCGGCGGCAGCGGCGGCCACGGCAAUGAUGUACCAACCGAUGCCAUUUCCCGGAAUGGCCAAUGCCAUGCAGGUGCCGGAGCAGCCAUGUGGAGCCCAGUCGUCCUACAACAAGACAGUGUACACGCCGCCGCAGGUAAUGGUGGCCCCGUCUGCGACGACGACCAAGGUGCCGGGUGCGUUCCACUCGGUGACUCCCUCCCAGCUGCAGCGGCCCUCCUCGCAGGCGACCUCUGUGAAGGCGGAGCCGGGCUCCAAUGUGGCCCCCUCCGACUCGUCUAAGAAGGAGGUACCCGACUCCUCGCCCAUCGCUUCUGUGAUGGGCGACUACACCUCAGACCCGCCCUGCAGCAGCAACCCAACCAACACGAAGAAAUACACUGACAGCAAUGGAAACAGCGACGACAUGGACGGCUCCAGCUUCUCCUCGUUUUACUCGUCGUUCAUCAAGACUACGGACGGAUCAGAGAGCCCGCCGGAUAACGACAAGGAUGCCAAGCACCGUAAGCUGAAGAGUAUCAAUACGGCGGACAGCAAGAUCAUGGAGCAUCCGGAGGAGGACCAGACGCAGCACGGGGAUGGGUAGCUAAACCCGCAGGUGCUGCUGACCGACGUACACAACCGGGUCACCAACGUGACCGACGUCGAUCCCUAGGACGAAGCCAACAACAGCAGCAGCAGCUACCGAAGACCCGUAGGGAUCUGGGCCAUGUUGCUCCGGAUGAUCCGGAAGCCCCUAAUCUAAGUCUGAAUCUGAGGAGGAGCAGCUCCAAGCAUAGUUCUAAGCCAGAUGAUCUCGAAGGAUACCCACACAAUAGCCACCCACCCAGCGGAGAAAGAGGAUCUGCCAGCAACCAGAAAGACUUCAGUUUUUAAAAGUCAAAAGCAAUGCAAUAUAAUUGCACCGAGGAAUUUCAGCACCUUCAAUGAAAACUAUCUAACCUGCAGAGAAUCUUUUUCAGUUUUAAUGCUGUGACUAAUACGGCUCUUAAUUUAUUUAUUUCUGUAUUGAGCCACAAAGUAAUAAAAUCGGAUAAAAUAGCUUCAAAAGAAGACUUUUAACCCACACCCACACCAA